AUGAAGAGUAAAUACAUACGUGUUUUGUUGUCUUGUUCUCUUAAUGGCCUGAGCCUUUUACUUUCAACCACAGUGAAGGCCACUGCUAAAAAACCUGAAGUUAUUGCUGAAGUUAAACCUGUCCUACAGAAUCCUAAGUUUUGGAAACUAGCAAAACAUGAACAUUCAUUGGUCCGCAGUGCCUGGUUUUCAUUUGUGAAGGAUAUUUUUGAGUUUGACAGUGAACUAAUCCAAGAUUGUAGGGGAGACUUAAGUAAAGCCAUCCUUGCAGCUGUAGAUGAUCAUGAUGGCACAGUUUUGUCUCAUAUAUGGGUAGCAUUCCUACACCUUUGCGUGGCAUACCCUGAUAUAUGGACAGAUGCAACAACAAGCAGGUCUGUAAUUGGCCGUAUAUAUUCUGUUUUGCGUGAUGGAGGAAGAGGUUGUGGCACAGAAUUAUACCCUCAGCUGUUACCAGUGAUCAGUCUUAUUCCUGAGAAAGCAACAGAGGAUAAAAACACCUUCUAUGUAGAAUUCUUUCGAGCAUUCUCAAAGGGAUUGUGUAAACAUAGAGGAACUGCAAGUGUGAGAGAUCUUUGUGCUGGCAUUAAGGCUUUAUUUGAGUGCCUUUUGUUCGUUAGCAGUAAUAAUACAGAUGUUAACUUAUGGGAAACACUGAUUAGAUAUCAGAUGGUUGGUCUUAUUCAGCUGUCAUUUACUGAAAUACCACAGCUCAGUAGCUCAAAUUUGUACAGGGAAGUUGCAGAAAUACUUCGCACUUGGGCUUGGAAAGCCCAUUCUGAUGUUUCUAUGAAAUCUUUGAAUAAUUUAACAGAACUGUUUUGGAAUAUUUUCAUACCAGAAUGUCAGAGUGUUCUAUAUCAGUGCUCUGAACCACAAGUAACCAGAAUUAAGGAUUUCUUUACUGUUCUGAGGACUCCAUUAUCAAAAUACAGUUCCAGGAGGGAAGGUGUUAAAUUUGCUGAUGAGAAGAUGAAUAUCGCUUUAUCAGGAGAUGUGGAAAAUCAAAAGACUGGCCAGGAAAAAGUGUUUUUAGAAGCAACUAGCCAGCACUUGUCACCUUUAAUCUGUUCCUGCCACAAUUUUUACCAAACUGAAAACAGCCACGUCAUAUACAAAGUAUUUUCCAUCCUGUUGUCAUCCUUCCCAUCACCAACAGUCUAUGCUGCAUUGCUUGGUGGUGCCAGCACAGAAAAACUUGUAGAAGUUGAAGAAGUUCUUCAGACCAUUGUCAUCCCGAAAAUGGAAGUGGAUAAUGGUGACCUAAUGCAGUCAACAAUGGACAUUUUCAUGAGUCUUUACUCAUUAAUGGAACCAGAUAAACAAAGACAGAUAUUGAAGAACUGCAAGCAAAACAUAUCUGUUGGAGCAUUGCGUCUACUAGUUGAAAACAUGACAGAUCGAAAGGAAACAGAUGCCAUAGCUGCAGCUUGGCUUUUGUCAUCAGAGUUGGGAACUUCACUUGUUAAACUAGCUGAUGUUCUUUGCUGCCCAACGCAUGCAAAAGAAGAAACCCAACAGGCAGCUCAGCAUGAUGAACUUGUUGCACUUUUCAAUUUUGUUCUCAGAAAUGGAAAUAAGAAAGAGCCUAUAAUUUCAACGGAGUAUGUGUCCCAGAUUUUAACCAAAUUAACCACCAACUUGAAGACUAGUGUUCCAGAUGAUGAAGAACCUGAAGAACAAAUGUUACAACUUGUUGCAAAUUUGGCAGGACAGCUCUUCAGUAGCUACAUCUGUUGGGAGACUAAAGGCAUCCAUGAGUUUAUGAGAUCAUUGUUUUUGCUUUUAUGCCAAUCCUCUAAAUCACUUUCUGAAGAGACUGUAGAAAUCCUUGAGACCACAUUCUUGAAAGCUUUCAAAGGUCUCAUCAUGUAUGUAUGUAAAGAUGAUUCUGGAAAGCUUUUAGAGGAAGGUGGAUGCUUAAGUGUGAUUCUGAAAGACAUGAAGCAGAUUGUCAUGGAAGAUUCAUGCACGUUUAGCUUAACAUUAAGAGUGUGUGGGCUUCUGCAACAUCUUUUCAAGCUGGUAUAUGAUCAACUCAAAUCAGAAGAGGAUUGUGCCAUUAUGCUAGAUCAUAGCAAAAUACAAGUUAUGCUGAAUUUACUCAUUCCAUCAGAAGGGGAAUGGGCAGAAAUUGAGGAGAGUCUUUCACCCCUUUAUGUAGCACCUGCUAUCCUUCAGGGGACUAUUUGGUUUAGAGAAUUCCCAUUCCCUAGAAAUAUGCAAGAGAACAUUGUUUGGAACCUCAAACACACCCGUUUAUCCUUGUUUUUGUGCAACCUUCUCUUGUAUUUAUGUCGCCCGGGGUAUUUAGACAAAUUGGAAGUUACCGAAGAAGUAUCUCUUGCCCAGUUUACACAGUUAGCAGUUUUGGCUCUUCAUUCCACUUGUCAUUCUACAGUCAUGAUGGAACUUGUUGAAUCUGUUAGAAAGCAACCUGUUUCUGAUGAUGUGAGAAUGGGUAUUGUUAAACUACAAGAUUAUGUGAAGCAGCUUUUGCAGCUUAUAAACCAAGGCAACAAGAGGCUGAUUACCAAACAAAUUAGAGAUAGGUGUAGUGAUGGAAGCAGUGCUUGGUGUGUGACACUCAACAAAGUCCUGAGCCAGUGGAUGACAGCGGAAGAUAUCAACAUUUCACGUCUUAUGAACGGUGUUGAAGAUAGUGCCUUAGGACACACAGCUACUAAACAGAGUUUAAUUCCAUUAAUGUCCAAAGAAUCAUUAAGGGAUUUGAUGGAAGAAGAACUCACAAAGCUGGUUAGUCUCACAGAUGACCCGUUUUCAGCCACUCCUAGUAUUUCCUUGUUAACAACAGCUCUUGCCUAUGUGUCUCGUGAAACAACAGAUCAAGUUAUCAGCUCAGUAUUCUCAGUAUUAAUGCAGUGGAGGGAAACUGCUGAUAAUAUAUUUCUUUUUGCCACAGAUACUUCUGGGAUGGCCUGGGAAGAUGUUGCAUUGACAUGCUCUAUUAUUCGUCUGGUCAGUGUUCUUGUGAAGAAUCAUUCAGUCCAUUUCCAACCUCAGCACUGGGAUUUUAUCUUAUGUUCCCUGGCCUCAUGGUCCCAGUCUUUAGAAGAGUCCCAAAAGAGUAUUGGCAAGGAAACUGUUGCUGGAACCUUUGCCUGUGCAGUUUGUAAAUGCAUAGGAUGUGUCAGUGAGUUUAUGGCAAAACUCCCAACACUGACUGAAAAAGAGAAAUAUCCUUCAAAGCUUGCUGACGACUGGAAGGAAUUCUUUUCGCCAUCAGUGUACAGCCCAAUCAUUCCCAUUUUUGUUGAAGUUUCUGAAUCAUUUAGACAGUUACCAACGGUUAUUUUGUAUGGUGUGUGCCGGGCUAUUUGCAUCGGUGUGUGCUUUGCUGGUGAAGAGGAGCUUCUGAAUCACAACUUGCCUCCAAUUUAUAAAGUAGAGGAUGCAGAAGCUGAACUGAAGCUUCCCGACUCUCAGCAAGUUCUUUUAAAUCACUUGAUGCCACUCCUUGAAUCCCCUCAUCCUCCAAGUCAGUUUUCUGCUUAUAACUUGAUCACAACUAUAUUACCCAAUGUAAUGGAACAGUGGGAGAAGAAUGAGGUUGACGUAAUUGACACUGAUGAUAUGCCGCAGAGGCCUCUACCCUAUCCAAUCACAAGAAUCAUAAAUGAGUGUAUUAGCAUUGUUGAUGCUGCUCUUAGUGAUAAAAAGUUUGGAGAUGAAUGUGUGGUUUUACCAAAUACCGACAUCUUUGUUUACACAACGGCAUAUUUAUUAGCUUGGAGACUGGCCUUAAAUGCCAUUACAUUUGCAUCAGAUGCUAAUCAACACCAGUACUCAGCAUUUUUAAGGCAGUCAGAUAUGUUGUCAAAUCUUCUAUCAAUCCUUUUUAAACUGAUGCCUCAAAAUCCAACUAUGGAAGAAUUAGUGGAAAAAGAUUCAUCAGCUGAGGACAAAUCUCCAACUAUGUUUACUUGUGAACUUUACAUAAGACCCAAUGUAAAGGUUACUUCAAAUUUGGUGGCUCAUUUGGCUUGCAAAGUUUAUUUUGACUGUGUAAGUCGAAUUCCAGCUGCAGUGCGGCAAUGGUUUAUCAGUCUUGAUAGGCAAACUCAGUCAUUAGUGGAUUCGUUUACUUCCACUUAUGUAUCACCUCUUCUUAUUAGCCAAGAAAUGUCGACAGUUAGCAGUAGCACAGCCAGAUUUGAUAAUAUGCUGGUGAAAAUACGUCCAGGAACAAGGGAAGUUAUUGCAACAUAUUCUAUAGAUGAAGCCAGUAUGGAACUCAUUCUUCGCCUGGCUCCAAAUCAUCCUCUUUCUACUAUUGUUGUUGAGGAUCAUAAAAGAGUUGGAGUUUCUGUUGCUCAGUGGCGAAAUUGGUUACUAGGCUUGAACACAAUGCUCUCUCAUCGUAAUACACCCCUCAUGCAGUCUUUAGCCUUCUGGAAGAAAAAUGUUGAUCAAAAGUUUGAAGGUAUUGAAGAGUGCUUUAUCUGCUACUAUGUUCUUCAUGGAACAAACCAUCAACUUCCGAGAUUAUUAUGUCGAACCUGCAAAAAGAAGUUCCAUGCAGCAUGUCUGUACAAGUGGUUCAACAGUAGCAACAAAUCUACAUGUCCUCUAUGCAGAAGUUUGUUUUAGAAGUUCACCCUCUGAAUGACAACAUUGCAGGAAGAAACAUUACUCUAUUUGGAAAAAUAAAGCAUUUACCUUAAUAUUCCCUACUUCCAUCUGGGUUACCACCUACAUUAAGUUGAUGUGGUGUAGUUGGCACCACAAGAUUUUUGCAGCUCCAGCUGUUAAAAACAUUGCCUUUUACUUUACUUUACAUCAGUUCCCUCUGGUCUUGACAUUAUGUCAAGCUUAAAUUUUCACCCAUCUUUUUAGACUAUUGGCAGCCCCAUGAACUUGAAAAAUAUGGCACUUUUACUUUAUAAAACUUAUGUUAGUUUUGUAUUCCUUUUACUUUCACAAAAUGGACAAUUUUGCUUUAGAGUAAAGUUUCCUUCAGACAAAGUUUCCAACUUAAUCCCUAGUAACACUCUACCGUAAAAAGACACUACAUAUGAACCUGCCAAACAGAAUUGCCUUAGGAACAUGUGAUAUCCACAUAAUUUCAAACUUUGUAUAUAUAAAUAACAAUAGCAACAUUGGGUUAAUUGUACAUAAGAUUAAAAGGAUAAAAUUCUUAAAGCCAUCAAGUUGCAUUAAAAAUAAAACUGUAAAUACUUUAUUGAUUCACAAAAGUAAAUUAAGUGGUUUGGUUAUGAAAAUAUAACUGUAAAUACUUUUUUCACAUUAGUUUGGUUAUGAGAUAUAUAGGUAUUAAAAUAAUAUUCACAGUUGUAUUUCAAAUGUUGACAUGUUUUGAAUAUUUAUUGAAAUGUUUUAUAAGAACUUCAGAUGACUUCUGAUUAAAAUUUCUUUUAAAU